CUCUUCCUGUCUUGUCUCGUAAAUCAGCUUUAUUUUUUAUCGUAAACAAACAUCACACAACAUCCCUAUCAUGAGCCAAACGUGUCAUUGUGUCUUCUGUAAAGUGAUACCAACCCCUAUCCCGGCUUUAGUGCUUCAUUGAUACAUGUGACCAGAUAAUAUCAUUCCUCUUCCCGAAACCUUUUCUUUUUUUAGUGACACCUGUUAAUAAUUAAUCUGCAUUAUGUUUUAUGACCCCACAGAUUCGAGAAGAGGACUUUGAAUCCAGAACGUCGUCAAACAUGUGCGUAGAGACUGAACCACAGGAACUGGAGUUAUUAAAAGUGUCUUCUACAUGUUCUGAAGUUGCUUUGUUCAGUAUCCACUGUUAGUACUGGCCUUUCAGAGAAGAUUUCACCAACCCUCACUAUACAUCCAGACAUGUAUGAGUUUCUUUUGCUGACUCAGGUCUCAUGUUUAACCUGUUGGUGAAAUCUGGUCCCUACCAUGACAACCAGCCCUGCCUGUUCUUUUGGAACCAAAGGUCACAGUCAUAAUCAACAGAUUUUAUGACCACCAGUCCACCUUUCACUCCUCCCAGGUAGGUAAGUCAUACACAGAAUCUUUGGAGCAUCAGAGGGUCCUAAUCUGCGUCUGAGGCUUCGUAAGAGCUUUAGAGAAGUCUACGCUGGGAUUUACAUUGAACCAGUGCCUCUGGGAUACAGCGAUAAUGCCUUCCACUGCCAAAACUCUAUAUUUCACAUCCUGCGCGCUGGUCACUGCCAUGUCUGUGGGGCUGAUGGGAUACAGCAUGUCAAAACAGUGGGCUAGGAUGACCAUGGAGUGCGCGAGAGGAGGAAGUGGCUUCUUCAAUGGAACUGCUAUAAUCACUCUGGAGCUCUUCAAUGGCAAUUUGAACAGAUCCUUUUGCCCCUUGUUUGGAAGCAUUGAUACAUUUGAAGUGAUUCCUAAAUUGACAGAAACAGGAGUCACCCCGGUUGUCCUGUACGCUUUGGUGGUGUGCCUGUUGGCCCUGUGUCUGCUGUUCUCUGUUUGCAGCAUCCUUAUCUCCCUCUACAACAGCGUCAGUAACCCUUAUGAGACCUACAUGGGUCCUGCUGGAGUCUACGCCUGCAGCUCGGUCAGCGCAUGCCUGUCAGGUGUGGUCCUCAUCAUAUUUGCAGUGAACAUCAACGUGACCAGCAUGGGGGAGGAUUUGGUGAAGAACUUCUCUGAAGCUGUGCCCGUAGACCUGCAGAACAAGUCCGCAGAGAUGCUGCUGGGAUACUACCUGAUCAUCCCUUACACAGUGCUCUCUCUCUCUGCCAUUGCCGUGAUAUACAUGUACGACCAUGCAGCCUACAAACACAGGAGAGAACAGGAGAGGCCUACCGAGGACGCACCCAAGGAGAUAAUGAUGUAUUAAUGGCGACGGCGUCUUCAGUUUUCAGUGACAUUGAUAAAUUGCUCAUCAAGACUUUAAGGACUGUAACUCACUGUCAUGGGAAAUUACAGAGAUUAUAGGUAAGUACAGUAAAAUAUGGAUGUACAGCUUCUUUAAUGUACAAAGAGUAGGAUUAGAUUAUCAGUGUCCAAAUAUCACGUGUUAAUGUCCUCAUAGUAUGAGCAACAGUUUUAUCAUUUCAGCUUUUUAAUCCGAGUUUAUUGAUAUAUAAAUCGAAUUAGGUUUAUAUCUUUUAUAGUUUGAAAUUACUUUGAAAAAUCUAUUUAUUUUGUGUCUGAACAUUUUAAUGUUUGUUGGUUUAAAAAGAUUUUUUUUUUUAAAGUUUAUUUUUCAUAUUGGAAUGAAAGUCAAAUGCACCUUUAAAUCUUCAAAACAUCCACGUCUUACAAAUCAACAGCUAAAUAUGAAUUUAAUUACAUUUUUCUUUGUUAUGUGUAAAAUGAGCAAAUGUAAAUUAACAAAUGAGAUGAGGUUGGCUCUCCUUUUUAUUUUAAAUGAUGGAUUUACGGCCAACUUUUAUCCGUAUUUUUGUCUUUCAAUGUUCCCGAUUUAACUUCCUUUUUUUUUUUUAAGUACAAAACAUAUGUAGUUUUAAAUCAAAGUAAAGGCCAUAAAGGUUAAAUUUGAAUAAAAGGUGAGAGA